AGUUGAAACCCUACAACUUCUUUGCUAGCGGCAAGCGCUUGAGAAGGGGGGCCCCUCACCCUCUUAUGCUUGUGCAGAAGCAGUUUAAGCACGUCCUAACCACUAUGGGCUUUGAGGAGAUGGAUACUAAUCAAUUCGUAGACCCUUCUUUUUGGUGUUUUGACUCCCUCUACAUGCCGCAGCAACACCCUGCUAGAGACGCACAAGACACAUUCUUCAUUCAGAGCCCCGAAAAGAGCAACGCUUCGCUGCUGCCAGCUUCAUUUGUCUCUGCCGUCAAACAAAUGCACGAAAAAGGCGGCAGCGGAUCUACAGGCUGGGGAUACAACUGGUCUUUAGAUGAAUCCCUAAGAAAUGUUAUGCGCACUCACACCACCUCCGUCUCUGCUCGCAUGCUCUACCAAAUGGCCCAGGAGUGCAAGGAGACGGGGGUCUUUAGGCCCCGGAAGCUCUUCUCUAUCGACCGCGUCUUCCGCAAUGAAAAUUUAGAUGCAACGCAUUUAGCGGAGUUCCACCAAGUAGAGGGGGUUGUAGCAGAUAAAAAUCUCUCCCUCGGGCACCUCAUGGGGGUGAUGGAGACAUUUUAUAAAGCGAUUGGCAUUGAAAAACUUCAGUUUAAACCAACAUUUAACCCCUACACCGAGCCCUCAAUGGAGAUCUUCGGGUAUCAUCCUGGGCUGAAACGGUGGAUUGAAGUGGGUAACAGCGGCAUGUUUAGGCCUGAGAUGCUGCGGCCAAUGGGGCUUCCUGAAGAUGUCUCCGUUAUUGCGUGGGGACUGUCUCUAGAGCGGUGA